AUGCAACGAGUCGACCCAGCAGUCAAGCUCGCGAUGUUCGCGCAGCUGCAUCCUGGCACCCUGGGUCGUCUCGCAGGGCAGGCGCCCCCAUUCGAGACGAGUGGCACGAAGGCCCGAGCCCGGGACCUGCCGCCGCUGCCUCUCCCGCCCCUCGAGGAGGUUGCGAGGUGGACCCAGGUUGCCAAGGGCUCGCGGCGUCGCCUCACACCCACGGCCAGGGCGGUCACGGCUGAGGAGACGGCCAUGCGGCACAUCCGCUCGCAGGCGGCGGAGUUUGCCCAGCAGCCCUUCGAGACCAUGGCCAUCGCUUCCUUGGCCGACGCAGUCGCGACAUCGUCAGUGGACUACAGCGGGAGGCCCAUGAUGCGCGCGCCCCCCUGCGCCCUCGCGGAGCUGGCCCCUGGCCUGCCGAAGAAGAAGCACACGGCGACCCUGAGCGUGAUCGCUUUCGUCGACGACGAGGCGGCGCGCUGGCUGGCCGACCCCAUGCCGGGGCUCAAGGCGGAGGCGGACUUCCCUGACCCCCCCCACGAUGGCGCGGGUCAACGCCGGCUCGCAGUUCGAGUGGGGGCCUUGGCAAUGCACCUCGUGGACCUCGGGAUCUUCACCGUGCUUCCCGCCGAGGAGCUGGUCCACGUCCGCGGCGAGCCCAUCCCGAACAUGGUGCCGGGCAACGCGCCCAUCGAGCCCCUCGUGGGGGAGGCGGCCACGCUUGCUGGAUCCACGAGCUGGGUGUCGCUGCACAUCCCCGAGGGGACGCUGCUCCUGUGGUCGGGCGACGACCAGAAGGGGAGCUUCUUCGUGCGGCGCGGGCCCCGUGCCUGGCACCGCUACACGGCGGCGGGGCGGCCCCUGGCGGGCUCGCUCUCCGGGCGGCAGGAGCCCAAGGUGCACCUCGCGUCGGCGGUGAUCGCGAUGGGCUGGUCUCUGGCGGCCCCGGUGCACCAGCGCAUCCACGUGCGGCUGCGCCGCCUGCCACCGCCGCUGGGCGCGGGGCUGCCCCCGCAGGCGGAGCGGCGCAAGGACGCGCCACGGCGCGUCGCCGCCGCCGCACAGGAAGGAGACUCAGCGCGGUGGCAGGUCUACAUCGACGACAUCGACGCGCGCGAAAUCGUGGAGGAGGUGCGCGCCAGGCGCCUGAUAGGCUCGCUGGCGAAGAUGCAGAUCAGAGCCCGAGCCAGCUACGACAGGGCUGGCGUCGCCUACUCGGCGGAGAAGGCUCACUGCAGGCAUCUUCGGGUCGAGCGCAUGGGGGCCGACGUCGACGGCGAGUCGGGCCGCCCGGCCGCCCCCUUGGCCAAGUCGCUCGAGGCGAUCGCGCUGUGCCUGGCCUCCUUCAGGCUCGAGGCCGUGCCGCGGCGGCUCGCGAUGACGAUCCUCGGGCGCUUCGUUAAACUCUGCGAGUUCCAGAGGCCCCUGGUCAGCCUGCUCAGCGAGGUCUGCGGGCUGACCUCGCAGCGCGGCAACGCGAGGUUCUCGGCGGCGAUGCUCGAGGAACUGCUGGCCGCUACGAUGCCGAUGGCCGCGACCUCGCUGCGGGCCAAGAUCGAGGGCAUGGCCACGGUCUCGGACGCGUCCGAGUUCGGCGGGGGCUGGCGCGCGUCGGCGGGCCUCCGAGCCGAGCCGGAGGCCAGCCUCAGCAGCGCUCCGACGCUCGACGAGCAGAUGCACCUGGGGGCUCGCCUGCUGCAGCUGGCCGCAGUGCUCCUCGUUGGCCUGUUCGACGGGAUUGGGGGCUUGGCGGCGGCCUUCUCGCGCUUGCCUGCGCGGGCCACGGGCUGCGUCACGGCGGAGACGGACGCCGAGGCGCGCAGGGUGGUGCGCCUGCGCUGGCCAGGCGCAAUCGACUGGGGCGACGCGACGCGCGCGGCGGCCGCUGUCGUGAACGAGCUGCGGGACGCCUACUGCGACGAGGUCGACCUCUGCGCGGCGGCCGCGGGCAGCCCCUGCCAGGACCUGGCCAAGCUGAAGGCGUCGGGCGCGGGCUUGCGCGGCGCGAUGUCCGGCUUGUUCUACGAGGUGCCCCGCUUGCUGGAGCCCAUCAGGGCGGCGUUCGGUCACAAGCUGAAGUGGCUGCACUGGAUGAGCUGGGAGCCGCACGUCGCUGCCCCGCUCACCGGAGUCGCGAGGGACGGGUUCUGCGAGGUCGAUGUCCGCGCGCCAAGGGGCCCCCUCUGCGAGCUGGCCUGGCAGGACGAGGGAGCCCGCUGGCUGGGUGCCCCAGGCCUGUUCCCGACGCUGGUACGCAGCAGGCCGCUGGACGCGCAGGAGGUGGUGCACUUUGGCUGGCGCCGACCGUCGCGGGACGCCAUCGGACGGCACGAGAGCGAGCCGGGGCUCCCGGACACCUUGGCCUCGCGACGGCUGGUGCUGCAUUACCUGGCCCGAGCGGAGAAGGGCGGGACCGACGUGCGCUUGGACUGCGGCCUCCUCUACAGGCCGCGCGGGUGGCCGCGGUCAAGCCUCGAUCCGUUCGCGCGGCGGUGGCGCGCGGUGCUGAGCACGGCGCGGCCUGCGGCCAAGAGCGCCAACGUAAACGUCCGGGAGCUGCAGGCGGCGGCAGCGGCGCUGCGGUGGCGCGCCCGCAAGACGAGGCGGCAUUGCAGCAGGUGGCCCCAUCUCGUCGACAGCCAGGUGGUCGCAGCGAUCGUGACGAAGGGCAGGGGCAGCAGCCGCCGCCUCCAGCCCGCGCUGGCCAGGUGGGCCGCGGCCGCGGUGGCCGCCGACAUGUACCCGGUCGUCGGCUACGUCGCGUCGGAGGACAUUUCCGCCGACGAACCGUCGAGGAGGUUGCGGCGUGGCUUGCGGCUCAGGGCAGGCGCCCUGCGGGCCCAGUCGCUGGUCCUGCUCCGCGUGGGCGCUGCGACAAGGCACAGGCAUUCCCCCGCGGUCGGCCGCCUGCUGGAGCACUACGGCGUCGCAGGAGACGGCGUCGAGGCGCUGGGCCAGGAGGGCCAGGACGCCGACGCGCUCGUCUCGGGGUACUUGGAAGUCCUCUGGGCCUCGGGCGCAGGCAUCGCGGCGCCGAACAACGCGGCGGCGGGCUCCGUCGACGUCGCGUGCCUCCUGAUGGUUGCUUUCGAGGGCCUGCUGCGCGGGGGCGACGUGGCUUUCCGAGGCCAGUGCGCCGCCCACCGCAUCGCCGCGUCCAAGGGCUCAGCGGGGCGCGACGCAGCGGAGGCGGUCGUCAUCAGGGCGCCCAUCACCUUCCAGCUGCUGCGGCUCGUCACGCACGAUUUGGACGACGGUGACAGGCCCAGCGCAAGGUCGCCGCACCAGCUGCGAGCGGCCCUCGCAGCGUUGGUGGAGGGCCUCGGCUUGCAGUGCCCGUUCAGCUGGCACAGCUGCGGCGCAUCAGAGUGCUCCCCGCAGACCAAGAGCAUGGAGCUCACCAUGGUCCGUGGGCGUUGGGCCAGCAGCCUCACAGCCCGUAUAUAUGUGGAGGACGCGCUGACCGAUCUCGCGCUGGUCCAGCGCGGCGAUGCGCAGGCGACGCUCAUCCGACAGGGGCUCCAGUCGCUGCGCGUAUUGUCCGAACUGCGCGCGUGUCCUCUACCUGAGACGCCCCAUGGGCAAGGCAGCGUUGGCCUGUGGGAUGCCACGGCGCCCCUGUGGGGGUCCUGGGCCAUCGCGGGGCGACGCGGCGGCCCCUCGCUCUCGGCUUGGCCCAGCUGCUUCGGGGUCGGCACAGGGACGCUGCGGUCGCAGGUGUCGGCGGAGUCCUGGACGGGGCGCAGGCGGCCGCACCGCGCUUCCGCGGCCGAUCUGCUCAAGCUCCGAGGCCCCAGGGGCUUCCGAGCGGAGGCGCGUCGGGCGCGCAUGGACCCCGCUGGCCUCCUCCUUCGCGAGGCCACGCGGGGGUUCGCCGCGGGCGCGGCGGCGUGGGGCGCGGCCUGGGGUGCGCAGUGCCCGUCUUGCCCUGCGUGCCCCUCGUGCACAUGCUCCUGCGAGCCGCGGCUGGCGCGCCCGGGCGGCUCGGUCUCCGAGGUCCAGCGGCCAGAGCCGCUGGGGGCCAGCCUCGCCUGGCUGGUCAGCUUGGCCGUGGUGGCCGCCGCGGGCUGUGCUUUCGGCAGGUGGAGCAGCGCUGCUCAAUCCCCGGCCCCUGCGCUGCCUAGCGCGGCCGCGGGACUUGCUCCAGCAGCGCAGGAGGCGCCGGCCUCUGCAGCGCAGCUGGCGGCGGCGCAGGAGAUGGCGAUGGCGGCCGUGCACCCCGUUGCCGCGCUGGGCCUUCAGGAGGGGGACUUCAUCCUGGUCGAGUACGCGGGGUACCCCAACGUGUUUCACGAGCGCUUGGUGGUGCUCGCUCCCGACGGCUCUAGCCUCACCUGCACCCUCACGCCCGACGACGACAGCUAUGAGGAGGAUCUCUUCUCGGCCGCGGAGGUGCGGCGCUGGCUUCCCUGUGAUGGCGGACGCAUGGGCGCCUACCCGCCGGCGGCCGCAGGUAUGCACGUGCACGGCUUCAGGGGGGUUCCCUCGCCCGUGCGGGUUGCGCAGGUGCUGGCGGCUGCAGCGGCGCGGCUGGGGAUCCAGCUAGGCGCAGGCGAUGCGGUGACGCCCAACCUGAUUGGCGGCGGCGGUGGAGCGCGACCUCGGCCCGGCGCAGUGGGAGCGGCGGCGGCUGCUGGAGGUUUGGUGGCAGCGCCUGCUGCUGGCGGAGGCAUGCCGCCCGCUGGGGUGCUGGUCGCUGGACCGCCUGCUGCGGCUGCGCCCGCGGGUGGUGCCCCCGCUGUGGCGGCAGGAGUUGCCGGCCUGGCUGCCGUGCUUGGGGCCGCGCCAGCGGCUCCCGCGGCAGGCGCUCCCGUGGCCGUGGGCCCGCCGCCGCCGCUGGUCGCGGCGCCCGCUGCUGCGCCGAUUGCCGCCGCUGCUGCAGCUGGUGGUGGUGCGCUGGCCGCCCCUGCGCUGGCCGACGCGCGCAUCCAGCCGGUCACCUACGACUUGCAGGGGCAGCGGCACGCGGACUUCCGCACGGCGGUCAUGGGCAUGUCGGAGGGGGCCUUCCCUGACUGGCCUGUCAGAUGCCCCAGGACGGCGCUGUGGGUCCUCAAGUUCAUGGAGGCCCACGGUGGCACUCCGACGGGGCGCCACUCGCGGUGGCUGUCGGAGACGCGUCUGCAGGGCCAUGAGCCAGGCGUCGACGAGCACGAACGGGCUUGCAGGACGCUCGAGCGCAUGGUGAUCUACGACCAGCUCAACGUGGCGAACCUCGCCUCAGGCGAGAUGCUAGCCAGGACCGUGCAGCUCCAGGAGGAGCGCUACAGGGAUCGAGUCGCCCCGGCAGUCGACUCGGGGAGUCUCGACGCCCACGUGCUGUUGGGCACCGACCAGCUUCGCGGUAACGUGUGCGUGGCGCCGUUGCUGCAGGACCACAUCAAGGACGAGCUCACGAAGAUGAACGCUUACCGCAAGGAGCAGCGCAAAGCCAGAGAGGAGCGCGACUUGGCCCGCAAGAACAAGAAGGGGACCAAGGGCGACAAGGGCUCUGGCAAGGAUGACAACCCUCACGCCGUGCUGAACCAGACGCGCGCCAGCGGGAUAUCUUCCCCUUGCCGUACUUGGGCCGCCGGCACGAGGGUGCCAGUUUUGGGCGCAGCCGCCGUGGACGCCAUCGGGUUCCUGAUGACGCUCUCUGGUCAACGGGCGUCCCUCGCGCACAUCCAGUCUGCCUUCGCAUGCCUCAAGCCGAUCGUUGAGGAUGAGGGCUUUCCCGAAGGUGCUCUUUCGGAUAUUCUUUCUGGCUCCCCGCUGUACGCAUCGGGCGGGCCGCGCCGACCCUACUCGCGGGACCUGAUCUCGUGGCCCGAUGCUGGUGACGACCCUGUGCCUCUUACGAGGGUCGUUGCUGGCCCGGACGCUCAGUGGCUUAGGGAUUGGAGCACGAAAAUGCUACGCGGUCGCGAGGAGGCAGACGCCCUCCUGCAGCAGGUGUGCCCGCGGGGGCCGUACGUCGAUCCCCAUCUUGCUUUCUCUCCGGCGACCUUCGCCGACUUCCUUGCUGAGAUGUUGCAGCGGAAGAUGAUCUGCUUCGAGGCGGAGGACCCCAGCAUCAAGCCUAUUGGAGUCUUCUGUGUCGCAAAGAAGAGCAAUCGUCUGAGGCUCAUUUUUGACACGCGUACUGCGAACGCGUACUUCACGGACCCGCCAGCCACUGCACUGCCGAGCGCCGCAGCCUUCGCUGGCCUGGAGGCGCCUGGAGGCAGGGUCGUCGUCGCCGCUGGUGAUAUUGACAACGCCUUCUACAGGAUGCUGAUGCCCGAGGGCCUCUGCCGCUACUUCAGGUUGCCACCCAUCGACCGUCUUUGCGAGUCAGAGGGGAGGGAGGUCUCGGUUGAUCACAGUCAGUUGAACUUCGUCUCGGCUUCGCCUGGCACGCUGGACCCCUACGAGAUUCCCGAGGACCCCGACACGGAGCUCCACAGCGAGGACCCCCUGAUCUUGGAUCUCGGCAAGAAGCUCAAGGAGUUCGACGAGGCCCGGGGCAGGCGAGCAGCGCUGGCCGGCCGCCUGAUGGCCGAGCGGCCGCCGCUCGGGCGGCUCAGCGCCCUGGAGACGCUUGCGGUGCGGUCCAGCACGGAGGAGCAGUAUCGGCGCGUCCUGACAGAGUUCACCGCCUUUUGCUCUGCGAACCACCUGGACUGGAAGGACUUCGACCAACUCGACUCAGUGGCUACUCGCUUUCUGAACCGACAGUUCGAGCUCGGGGCCCCUGCCAGCCAGGGCUCGCUGCUGCUGGCGUCUCUGGCGCACUUCUUGCCAGGCCUCCAGGGCUCGUGGAAGGCGCAGCUGCCGCGGGCCACCAGGAGCUCGGUCGCGUGGGCGAGGCGCGUGCCUUCAAUGACCCGCGUGCCCCUGCCGUACUUUGCAGCGGCAGCGCUUGCCGGGCUCUUGGCCAUCAGCGGGCGUCGCCGCAUGGCUCUCUGGAUCCUGCUGUCGUUCAGCUGCUACCUGAGGCCGUUCGAGGCGCAGGGGCUCCGCGGCGGCUCGCUAGUGCGCCCGGCAGCGCAGGCCGCGGCCUCGGCGGCCAGCUGGGUGCUGCUUUUGCACCCAACCAGCGGCGGCCGCCCAGGCAAGACAGGGUUGUACAACGAGAGCGUGGUGAUCGAUCUCGACCGGCACUUGUGGCCGCUGCCUGCCGGCCUCAGAGGCGCCGUGGGCCUCGACCAGAGCCUCUGGGACUUCACCCUGCCGGCGCUGCGCGAGCGCUUCAGGGAGUUUGCCGAUCUGCUGCAGCUCCAGGCCCUCAACCCGACCUUGUACGCGCUGCGCCACGGCGGGGCGAGCUGGGACCUGCUGGAGGGGAGGAGAACCUUGGAGCAGACGCAGAGGCACGGCAGGUGGGCUUCGCCGGGCAGCAUGAAGCGGUACGCCAAAGAGGCCUACCUCCAGGAUGCCAUGACCAAAGUCCCAGAUUGGGUCUUCGGGUUCGGCCGCUUCGUGCAUGCCAACCUGCUAGAGAUUGUCGAGCUGGGGCCCGCCCUGCCGCAGCGUCCGCGCCUGUGGCAGCAGCUGCCCGCGCCCGUGCAGGCGCUGAUCGCAGCCGCGCUGCCGUAG